UAUCCUCCAGGGCGCACCGCUGGAUUUGGAGGAGUAGAACUAGUCACAGUAGUUUAGUCUGUUUUGUUUGUCCUCCUCCUCCUCCAGCAUGCCUCCGUUUGACAAGCCUCAACUCCAAAAACCCUUCAAGCAAAGGAAAAGUUUUGCAACCAGAAAACAAGAGGUCGCGGGAAUUCGGGCGAAAUUUCCCAACAAAGUCCCGGUCAUAAUUGAACGCUAUCAACGUGAAAAGUACCUACCGCCUCUGGAUAAGACCAAGUUUUUAGUCCCACAAGAGCUGACCAUGACUCAAUUCGUCACCAUUAUAAGAAAUCGCAUGUCUCUAUUGCCAACCCAAGCUUUCUACCUGCUCGUUAACAACAGCGGCCUGGCCAGCAUGUCCCUCACCAUGGCUCAAGUCUACAAGGACCACAAAGACGAAGAUGGCUUUCUCUAUAUGACCUACGCAUCCCAAGAAAUGUUCGGUUGUGGUUGAAUACUUGACUUUUUUUUUUCUUAUGGCAUAGUGAAACUUUCUUUUAAUUUAUACAAGAUAUCUGUAAAUAAAUUUUUUAGUAUUUGAUUGCAAGUGCCAAUGACUGAGUGGGGUUUUUAAAGGAAAUGCCUUGAAUAAAUCUUGUUUUGACGCUCAAAAUGUUUGAAUUGAAGUCAAAGUGGACCUGGUUUUGCGUUGUUCCUUCUAAAUUGGUGACGGGCAGCUGUUGCUGUGACCGCUUUGCAUUGUGGGGAAAGUAACAGGCAGCCAUCUUGAAGCAGUAGAGGCGUCACAUUCGUUUGACAGGCUGGACUGACGACAUAAUGUGCUGGUGGAGGAACUUUAAACGCACUGGAUUUAUUUAAAAAAUGCUUUCCAAAUUACUUGAAAAUUGACACGUUGAACUUUUAAGGGGCUGCAAUUUAUACACUUUGAAGCUCGAUUCUUGCCAGGUUAGUCACAAGGUAGAAGAAAAAAACCCCACUUUAGGUCGAUGUGAGCACUGAAAUGUUAGAAUAACAGAAUAUGGUAUUUUCUGAACAAAACCGAUCAAAGUGAGUGUCCCUGAAAACUGGACCACAAAAAAGGCGAAUCAAUUUAAGGUUUACCUACGUUUGUAAAACGUUGGUCCAAAGAAAAUUGUUGCAUUGUGGAUAUUUCUCUAAUGCCGUUUCCAGCAUUAUCAGAAAAACUGAGGUCAAAGGUCAGCAAUGUGUUUAUCUGGUGAAUGGCUGAAUUUAUUAACAGAUUUCUACAGUUGCACACCACCGAGGCAGCAUGUGUAAAGAAACUGAUUUAUAGGUUUGAUUUCCGUCACAACUACAACACACAAACCAGCUUCAGUAGCUCUUAACCCGGGUCAUCCACUGCCCCGUCACUUCACCUUGUCUAUCCUGUGGUGCUGUAUGAAUGUGUUGUGACCGAAAGUCAUGAUCGUUAUGCAUUAUAUGUUGUGUUUAUCCGGUGGGUUUAUUCUCUGUUUUUUGGGGGGGGGGGUUGUUGCUUUUUUUAUGGGCAGGAUGGCCCAGUGGUUCGCACUGUUGCCUCACAGCAAGAAGGUCCUGGGUUCGAACCUCAGGCCAUCCCAGGUCCUUUCUAUGUGGAGUUUACAUGUUCUCCCCAUGUCUGCGUGGGUUUCCUCCGGGUGCUCCGGUUUCCUCCCACCAUCAAAAAUGCAUGCAUGUUAGGGUUCAUACUCCUGUCUGUGCCCCUGAGCAAGACAAUGGAAAGAAGAACUGGAGUUGGUCCCGGCUGCUGAAGCUGCAGCUGGCCACUGCUCCUAUACAAUAGGAUGGGUUAAAUGCAGAGAACAAAUUCCAUUGUAAGAAUACAAUGUCAAAUAAAGUGGCUUUCAU